UGGCCACUCGCUUUAAUAUUCAUUCUCAUUUUCCUCUCUUCUUCUUCGAGUUUUCCAGAACAAGAAGAGAGAGAGAGAGAGUUUCACACUUUGAAAUUCGGUUCUUUGGAUUUUGAUUUCACAUUGAUUUUCCCGGCACGUUCUUGGGAAAAUCGCAUUUUUCAGUUUCUUCAGAUUUUUUUUUUUUUUUUUUUUGGGGCAGGGAAAAUCUAUAGAGCUAGUUGACUACAUUUUUGCUGAAGAGAUCUAUUGCUUAGCUUUGGCAGGUUCUAGGUUUUUGGGUCGCAACCGGUUCUUUUUGCCGGGCCGUCGAUCUUUGUGUGGUUUUCUUGAAGAGUAAGAUUGAUGGGUUCCAUUUUUUCUUGUUUGAGACGCCAUUGAUUGUGCGAAGAAAAAGAAAAAAAGUUGAAGUUCCUCUCUCUCUUGUGAGACUUGGAAUUGUGCUGUUCUCUCUCUCCCCCUCUCUCUCCAUGCGUGUUUGUUGCUGGGAUUGGAAUCGUGUAAUGCCGGGGUCAAAGGUUCCUAUAACGGGGUCUGACAACCUUUGUCUCAAUUGGGUGUCUCUGGUUUUCGACACAGAUCGCCAACUAUCAAAGUUCACGGAGAUCUGAAUUAGCUCUUUGAACAAUUUUUUGUUUUUUUUGUUUUUUUGUUUUUGCACAAAACAAAAAAAGACCAGGGAGUUAAAGAUGAUGAGAAUGAAGACCAAAACGACAGGGGUGGGACCAAUGAAUGGGAGCUCAGCUGCUGGUGGUGCCGAGCCAGGAGGAACAGCUGAGUGGGAGCUACGGCCCGGAGGAAUGUUGGUUCAGAAGCGAGAAGCCGGCUCCGAUCGCAGCUCGGCGCCGGCACCGACAAUCAGAGUCAGGGUGAAAUAUGGGUCAAUCUACCACGAAAUCAAUAUCAGUUCUCAAGCUACAUUUGGAGAAUUGAAGAAAUUGCUGUCGGGGCCGACAGGGUUGCACCAUGAAGAUCAAAAACUGAUAUACAAAGAUAAAGAGAGGGAUUCGAAAGCGUUCCUCGACACUGCUGGGGUGAAGGACCGGUCAAAGAUUGUGCUUGUUGAGGACCCUAUUAGCCAAGAAAGACGAUACGUUGAGAUGAGACGAAAUGCGAAAAUGGAGAAGGCAUCAAAAUUCAUUUCAGAAAUCAGCUUGGAGGUUGAUAGGCUUGCUGGCCAGGUGUCGGCUCUGGAAUCGGUCAUUAAUAAAGGUGGGAAAGUCGCGGAAACAAAUGUGCUCACUCUGAUUGAGCUGCUGAUGAGCCAGUUGCUUAAAUUAGAUGGAAUUAUGGCUGAUGGAGAUGUGAAAUUGCAAAGGAAAAUGCAGGUGAGAAGAGUUCAAAAGUGUGUUGAAACUUUAGAUAUGUUGAAGAUAAAAAACUCCAUGCCGAACAGCAAUGGAGGUCAAAAUCCAAUCCAGCAUCACCCAAGGCAAUCAAACGGGGCAAGAAGUGCGCCGAUCCACGAGCAGCAACCGAAGCAUUCUAACGGGCAUAGACUGACUCCAAUUCAAGAGCAGCAACCGAGGCAUUCGCUCGGGCAUUCGCCAAAUAAUCAGCAGCUGCAACAACAGCAGCAGCAAUCGAGGCAUUCGACAUCAGGGGUGGUUGUUACAACCAAAUGGGAGACGUUUGAUUCUGCCCCUGCAUUAGCUCCACACCCUUCAACAUCCACAUCCACCACAGUCCAACCAAAGUUCAAUUGGGAAUUCUUCGAGUUCGAGUAAGCGACAUGCCACGGAUUUUGUUUUUGUUUGUGUGGACGUGAUUUGGGAUUGUCUUUACUUGGUUUGUUGUCCUUACUCCAUUCUUUUCUGUAUCUAGAUUUUGUUGAGCACCCCCUUUAGUCUGUCCUUGGGUUCACCACAAAUAAAUGGGGUCAGUACCAUAGUGAUUAGUACAGAUUUGUUGUUCUCUUAUUCUGUUCUCCUUCACUUUCAUUUAUCUGUUGUAUGGUUCUGUAUCCAUUUACUUGUAGAUUUGUUGUUUGGAAGCUAGGCUGUAAGACUUUCAGAUGAAGGAGAGGUGUAUUUUUGAAUUCUGUAUUCCCAUUUGGACAAUGUUGAGUAUC